AUGAAUCAUCAACAAGAACAACAAAUUCAAUACGUGUGGCAAGAAAAUCCGUUUUCCAACCGAAGACAACGAGUUCCGGUCGCAUGUUCUUAUUGCCGUAGAAGAAAGAUAAGAUGCGACGGACAGAAACGAUGUGCUAAUUGUGAAAGAGGAAAUAGAAAGUGUGAAUACGUUCCUAUUGCCAAAAAGUCUGUCGACACUACCGAGACUAAACGUCAAAGAAUCGACGAUGGCUUACCACAACAUUAUCCAAGUACUGACUUGUCGCAUAUUUCUAUCUCGUAUCCAAUUAUUCCUCACCCCGAGCAACAACCAUCCACCACUUCAAUGAAUUCUAACUGGCCUAAUCAACCAUUUACAACAUACAUUGAAUAUGCUAAAUCCGAAGCGAAAAUUCCCAAAUCUGUUCUAGAUGAAUCUCGCACAAUUCCGCCAGAGAUCUCACAAAUUUUAUUAAAAGCAUUCUUGAAAGACAUUCAUCCUUAUAUUCCAGUUAUUGAUCCGGAUUUCACUCAAAAUGAAUUGAAUCCUCUUUCCCCUCUUCUAUUCUAUUCAAUUUGCGCAGUCUCCGCUGGAUUCACGGAAUAUGCUCCCCGUCGAAGCAUUUACUAUGACAGAGCACGUUCUUUGAUCGAUAGUUUAUUAGAUAAUCCAAGAGAAUCAACAAUCGCGGCUUUAAUUCUUUUGUGCGUCUACCAACGACAAGAAUAUUUUCCACGGCAACAUCGACAGCAACAAGCAGGAGAUGAUAACCAGGAACUUAUAACUGAAGAUGAAGAAGAUGACGAAGAGUUGUUUCGUGCUAGAAUGUACAUAAAGACUGCCAUUGAAAUGGCAAUGGAACUUGGUCUAAACAAAGAAAGUCAAGACCAAACUUAUACGACUCCGCAAAAAGAGUCUAGGCGAAGAUUAUGGUGGUCAUUAUUCAUGCUGGACACAUUAGUAUGUUGUGUUGCUAGAAAACCAAGCAGCAUUAAUCUGGAAGAGUGCAAUCGAAACAUUGAUUCUUCAUCCGAUUCACUAGAAAAAUGCACAUUGGCGGCGAAUUACAUCACGGAUUUAGCUGACCAACUUGUGCAUUACAACGAACCAUUCAGAGGUUUUUUCAACUGCACAAAUUGGUGUCUAUUUGAAGCAGGAAAAAUUCAAGCAAGAAACAUGAUUAGAAAUUCCAAUGAUGCUUCUAAUGACAAUACAAAUGGCGACACAAAUAAUAACGGCGGCAGUCAUGAUAAUAACAACGAGGAUAAUGCGAAAAUUUACUAUGCAAAAACAAUUAGACAGUUUGAAGAACUACUGCAAUUCAAAAAAUCUGCGCUAUUGGCGCAAUAUGCUGCUAACUUGAGACCAAAUAAUAACACUUCAUUUGCUACUUAUCCGAGUUAUUCAACCACCAUAACUAAUCCAAACACUGCUACGACAAUUCAUCCCGGUACCUAUAUUAAUUCACCCAAUCCAUCCCCUUCAAUUCCGGUGGAUGUGAAUCUUAACUCGCCAUUUGAUGUGCUUGGCAAAGAUAACGAGAGUACGAUAGAUGUAGUGAAAUUAUUUGAUUCGAGCUCCUAUUCAUCUAACUCGCCCGUUGAAUGGCCUCCGAAUGACGAUUAUUCGACGAAUUUUCAUUUAUCAACAACUGCAGCUGCCACAGCAACAGACACGACAGCCACCUCACAAGAGUUUCAUAUUUCUUCACCGGGAAGGAAGGAUUCUGUAUCUACGUCACCUUUCACUUCUUUUUUAAACACAUCCACUUCACCGGUUACUUCCCCUUACUCGUCACAUCAUCACAAUGUCGAAUUUCAUCAUUACAAUCAACAACAGCAAAAUGAUGAAGCAACUUGUGGCGGUGAUUAUUCUUCAACAUUCUCUUCUGGAUACAAUAAUGGACUGGGAAUUUGCACGAUUUGA